AUGGACGAUUCUAAGUCAUUAGCAUUCACAGAUUUAGAUUGGGCGAUUGGAAUAAAUCGGAUUUCUCUGAAGAUUCUUGGUCUCUGGCCGGACGAUAAGUUAAAUCGUCGACAAAAAUUUUUGGCAAAUCUACGCGCUUUUAUUAUCUUUAUCACGAUGUUUACCACAUCGGUUAUACCCGGAAUAUUAGCAUUGUUUAGGGUUUGGGGUAACAUGCUAGCGAUGGCAGAUAAUCUGCAGAUCGCUCUACCAUUUUCGGUAACUGUCCUGAAAUUUGUUAUUAUGUGGUUCCGCAAAAAAGAUCUUGUACCCAUCAUAAACAUGAUCGUGGACGAUUGGAUCAAGACGAAGACUAUGCAAGAACGAGAUACCAUGAUAAAGCAAGCGAAAAUUGCCAAAGCUAUCGUUAUGUUCGGAUGUAUCAUGAUGACUUUUGCAUCCAUCGCCCUCAUCAUUCCUCCUUGCUUUGGAUACUCGAUACGAUAUCUGACGAAUCUUACAGAUGGUCCAAAACCAUUGCUAUUGCAAACAUAUUAUUUGCGAGAUAUGACAGAGAGCCCAUAUUACGAAAUCGCAUUCGUCGCUCAAGCCAUAUCGAUCAUAAUGGCCGCGAUUUCUUAUACGGGCAUCGAUAAUUUCUUGGGUCUGCUUGUAUUUCAUAUCUGUGCUCAACUGGAUAUUCUCAAAGUGCGAUUGCUCAAUUUGAACGAUUUCAAAAACUUCAGCACUGGAUUAUCCUUCAAUAUUGAGGAUCACCUACGUCUCAUUAGGUCCGUUGAUGUCAUCGACAACACAUUCAACUUGAUGCUUCUGGCAUUAUUAGUGUAUUUCGCUAUGUUAUUUUGCGUUCAAGGAUUUCUAUUAGUUACCAUCAUUGACGGAGUUAGCGGUGAUGUUUCCUUUAUACGAAUAUGUUGGCUCAUUUCGAUUCUCAUCAAUACAUUUGUUCACAUGUGCCUAUACUGCGUGGUCGGAGAGAUUCUUAUAGCCAAAGCCGAAGGAGUGUAUUAUGCGGCGUACAACUAUACAUGGUACUUAUUAAAACCGAAUGAAGCAAAAAGCCUGUUGCUGAUAAUGAUUCGUUCUGAAAGACCUCUUCUCAUCACUGCGGGCAAAAUAUUUCCCAUGACAUUAUCCAUGUUUUGCAAUUUAGUCAAAACGUCAGCUGGUUACAUAUCCGUUCUGCUCGCUAAUCGAUAA